AUGCAGCUGCUUGAUAGCUUCAUGAAAGAGUCACAAAGACAAAUCCCCCCACUGGUCAUCAUGGAACGGCUAGUCACCCGCGACACCAGACUUCCCGACGGAACUGUUCUAUCUCGAGGAACCCACAUUGGGGUUGACGGUCGAGAGAAUUGGAACCCAGAUAUCUUCGAAAACCCCAACGACUUCGAUGGUAGACGGUUCCUUAAACGCCGCCAGGAAGGGGACAGCUCGGGCCAGUUUGUUCAAUCAAGCCCAGAACAUGCCCAUUUUGGCAUGGGAAAGCAUCAAUGUCCGGGGCGUUUCUUCGCUGGCAGUGAGCUGAAGCUUUGCCUGGCUGAGAUUAUUCUUCAGUACGACAUUCGUCUAAGGGAGGGAUAUUUGCCCCAAGCGAUGCAGAUUGGGUUCAUCACGAUUAGCGACCCUUUUGCUCAGGUUGAGGUGUGUAGGAGAUAG